UAUAUAUCCCCUAUUAAGAAUAAUGGAAAUGAGUGAGUGUGGUAAAAUUCCUUAGUACCAGUACUUAAAAUUAAUUUGAGAAAAAAACAGAAAGCAACGGAAAUGGAACUGAUUCAGCAGCACCAGAAAAGGCACAGGUAAAUCAUUGACAGAAAUCGCAGCAUGACUGGGCCAGUAACAUGUCGACAUCACAAAGAGCAAUGAGAACCCGUUGAUCCAGAACUAAAAGAACCAUUCCCAGCACCGCGGGAACACAGUAGAAGGAACAGGAAUACCGAGUCUCUCCCGGCCUGGCAAAUCUUUAACACCCUCCCAAGAAAGGCAUGAAUCCGAAGGCUCCGGCUGACGCAAAAGUUCCAAAACUCUCUUAAAACUCUCGUAAAAGCUCAUGGGUGUGCCUCGCUCUCCUCCUUCCGCACCGAUGCCGCCAACUCAGAGGAGAGCUGAAGAUGAAGGACAGGUUGGAGGAGCUGAGGAACCGAGUGAAUGAAGACACGGACGCUUGGGAGCUGGAGUCCACGCUUUCCUUCGACAACCCCGUCUUCAAAGAAGAGGAGGGCAAUCCCAUGAGCAAAGUGUUCCAGGAAAUCGGCAGCCUCUCCUUGGCUUUGGAUAAACUGGAGGAAUUAUCGGAGGACAUCGACAAGAAGCAACAGCAGGUUCUGUGCUGCACCACGGAGGAGAGCAUAUGUGAAGAAAAGAAAGAGCUCAGCCAGGUGAAGGACUCUUUCACCAAGGAGGCCAAAAACCUUCAACCGAAGUUCAAUGGCAUCCAAGAGUCCCUCACCAAGGACAACCGGCAGUGGUUGGCCAUCCACCGCAUCCGCCAUACCCAGCUCUCUGUCCUGGUCAACCGUUACCGUGAGAUCAUCACCCGCCAUUACGCCAAGGAGACCCAAUACGUGGAGAAGCUGAAGGAGCAAAUCAGGAGACAGACAGAACUAGCUGGCUUGAGUCUCCAGGAGGAGGACAUCAAGCACCUCGUGGAGAGCCCGAUGGCUCCCCGCAUUGUGGGCCAAGACCUGGAGGUGCUCAAAGCCAAGCAACACUUAGCCUUGGCCCAGGUGCGUCACCAACAGCUGCUGGACUUGGAGGCUCAAAUCAGUGAGCUCCACUCCCUCUUCCUACACUUCGAGGUCCUGGUGGCUGAGCAAGGGGAGACCAUCAACAGCAUCGAGUACAACGUCCUCCACACCCUCGAUUACAUCUCCCAGUCGAACGAGGAGGUCAAGAAAGCUCUCAAAUAUGAGCGGCAGUCACGUUUUUCGGCAGCAUUGUCAGCGUUGCUUGGCCUCUGUGCCUGCUGCACAUGCGUUUCGUGUCUGGCAACGCCAAGCGUGGUAGGCUGACUCAACAUUUGGGAGGUGGGCAUCUCCUCCGAAGGGAAAUGGUGUUGGCAGAUAGCACUCCAGACCAUUGGAUGUAUGCAUCAACAAGGGGAAUGGGCAUCUUCUGGACAAACACAUCCAGAAAGACUGUUUAAUAUACUCCUGUGUUCACAAUAUGUCAAGAGUUUUCUUCUGUUUUUAAGAACAUAAGAAAGGUCUUGCUAGGUUAUAAUAUUUUUUUUGCAACCUAGUAUCCUGUUUCUGAUUGUGCACAUUCGAAGCCAUGGAGAUGAUUUGUGCAUUUCCGUUGACUGGCAUUCAGUGUUUUGUGCACAUUUGACUUUGUUGUGUGCCUUCAAGUCAUUUCUGACAUAAAAGAGGCAUAUCAUGGAGGGAUUUUUUUUUGGCAAAUUUGUCCAGAGGAGGUUUGCUCUUUACCUUCCUCUGAGGCUGAGAGAGUGUCAGUUGGCCAAGGACUUUCCAUGACUUAGCAGGGACUUGAACCCUGGCCUCUGAAGGCAUAGUCCAACUGUGGAUGAAAGCAAUUGAUGGACCUUUCCUACAUCCAUUUGGUUACACAUCCUUAGUUCUGCUCCACAUUCCCACUAUUUUGAUGAUGACACAAUAGCAAUGAAAUAUGCUUCUCCAGUUUUAGGACCAUUCAGUUACUGGUAGAUGAGGUCAAACCAGCUCUCAAUCCCUUGUGUUUUGGGUGGUCACCAACAUCCGCCUCUCAAAGAAAGGAAUCUUUGUGCUGUGAGUUUUCCAGGCUGUCGGGCCAUGUUCCAGAAGCAUUCUCUCCUGACAUUUCAUCCACAUCUAUGGCAGGCAAUCUCAGAGAUUAUGAGGUCUUUGAUGUGAGUUUUUAGACACUAUUUUUUUCUUGUUCCAAGAACAGAGACUUUUCUUGGAAAACCCAUUAAUGGUCCUGCCAUCCAGCAGGAAGGAGAACCCGCUUCAUGCAGGUUCAUCAGUUGGGGUGGGUCAAACUGGACACUGUUCUAAAGGAUACAUCGGGAAGUUUUAAAUUUUGAAUCUAAGUGCACGCUGCAGAAUCCACUUUGGUUUCACUUAGUCAUCAAAAUCUGGGCCGGCAGAACAUUGGAUAAGCGAAUAUGUUGGAUAAUAAGGAGGCAUUAAGGAAAAGCCUAUUAAACAUCAAAUUAGGUCAUGAUUUUACAAAUUAAGCACCAAAACAUCAUGUUUGCCAAGUUAUAUUUCCAGUUAAAUUCUCUGCAUUCCUAGUCAAAGGGAUCUUGUAGCAUCUUGUAUCAGUGUUUGUAGCCAUGUUUCUAGAGUUUUCUGAAAACUUUAGAGUGUCCUCUAACUUUGCUUAGUGCAGAGCAAGUAAAGUUAAAGAUGGAUGUGUGUGUGUCUGUAUACCUACCAGAAGUUGAUGUAUCUUGUGAAAACUGUCAGUGCUGGAUUUGCGAAUAAUAUGGGGUGAUUUUUACAAGUAUAGAUAAUCCCCUGUGUAUACUGAUUCAGACUGCAGUAUAGGCAUGGGCAAACUUCAGCCCUCCAGGUGUUUUGGACUUCAACUCUGACAAUUCCUAACAGCCUACCGGCUGUUAGGAAUUGUCAGAAUUGAAGUCCAAAACACCUGGAGGGCCAAAGUUUGCCUAUGCCUGCUGCUCCAUUUGUAAUGUUCGAUCAAACUUUGCGCUGUUUUUUCCCCCUGCCUCCUCUCCACCGUUCUUUUCUUCUCCUUGUUAUUGUUUUGGCAAGGAACUGCUGCUAGUUUUGGUGUGUUUUGUCCCUGUGUUUUGUCUCUGAUCCAUGUCGACAUAAACAAAGAGAGGUGUUAUUUUUCAAAUCUAAGUGCAAUGCAAGAAAACACCCAAGAACUCAACAAACAGUCAUGAUUCAGAUCACUUGAUUGACUCCUGGUAUGCUUUGGUGCUGAGUUGAUAAGAACCUAAAUCUUAUUGUUAGUUCCAACUCACUCCGUUCAGCAAUCGAUUUGUUUACCCCAUUCCUUUUCCAACCAAUACAUUUCUAACUUUAGGAUCUCGGAUCGCUUCCAAUCUUCUAACCUGCCUUAUUAGGAAUACAGUAGAGUCUCACUUACCCAACAUAAACGGGCCGGCAGAAUGUUGGAUAAGCGAAUAUGUUGGAUAAUAAGGAAGCAUUAAGGAAAAGCCUAUUAAACAUCAAAUUAGGUUAUGAUUUUACAAAGGAAGCACCAAAACAUCAUGUUAGACAACAAAUUUGGCAGAAAAAGUAGUUCAAUACGCAGUAAUGCUACGUAGUAAUUACUGUAUUUAUGAAUUUAGCACCAAAAUAUCACGAUAUAUUGAAAACAUUGACUCCAAAAAUGCGUUGGAUAAUUCAGAACGUUGGAUAAGUGAGUGUUGGAUAAGUGAGACUCUACUGUAGUAGGUAAAAGUAAAGGUUUUCCCCUGAAAUUAAUCUAGUCGCGUCCGACUCUGGGGGUUGGUGCUCAUCUCUAUUUCUAAGCCGAAGAGCCAGCAUUGUCCAUAGACACUUCCAAAGUCAUGUGGCUGGCAUGACUGCAUGGAGCGCCGUUACCUUCCUGCCGGAGAGGUACCUAUUGAUCUACUCACAUUGGCAUGUUUUCAAACUACUGGGUUGGCAGAAGCUGGGGCUCACAAUGGGAGCUCACCCUGCUCCCCAGAUUGGAACCGCAAACCUUUCAGUCAGCAAAUUCAGCAACUCAGCGGUUUAAUCCACUGCGCUACCAGGGGCUCCAGAGUAUAUUGUAUAUUAAGAAUAGUAUAUUGUAUGAAUUAAGGGUGUUGAUGUUUACAUUGUCUAUCUCUCUUCAUAGAAACAGAUAGAUAUUCCUCAUCUCUUGGUCUCCUGUUACACAAAAGACAAGGACCUUUUCACUGCUUGCCUUUUAAUAAUAUGAUUAUGACCCCAUGCCUCCAACUGUCCCAAUUUGGCUGCAAGAGUCCCAAUAAACCCUGUGUGCCUUCCCAUUUUUCCAGCUGCUUUGAAAAUGUCCUGGCUUUAUUCUCCUCUCUCCCGCUUUGUCCUCAUCUUACUUCAGUUGCUGCAAACUGAGUUCAAAGUGCAAAAGUACUUGCACCCAACUCGGGAAAGAACAAGAGAGGAGGGGGUAGAGGAAAGGAGAGGGUAGAACUGAACCCUAUUCAAGAAGCUUAGGCAAAACUAGGGGACGUUCCAGACAUUUGUGAAAUUUCUUUGUGUCAAUAUUUAUUAAAGAGAUUGGAUUGCAA